GCGUGGCAUCUGAGCAAGAUGUCGGGGCGGCAGUCGAGGGUGAUGGUGCAGCCGAUCAAUGUGAUCUUCAAAUAUCUGCAGGCAGGCACACGAGUACAGUUAUGGCUCUACGACAUCCUAGACUUUAGACUGGAGGGCAAGAUCAUCGGGUUCGACGAGUUCAUGAAUGUCGUGUUGGACGACGCAGAGGAGAUCUACAUCAAGCGAAAAGAUGACAGGCCAGAGCGCAAAUCACUGGGUCGAUUACUACUAAAGGGCGAGAACAUCACGCUAAUACAAGCGACGACGAAAUGAAAGCUCAAUCUGGGACUCCCCUCUUCGCAUUCGUCGCUAGCUCGAGCCUCUGUACAUCUGCAUGCCCUUUGUAUUGCCCGCUCUUG